AUUUAACUAACUUACUAGCAAACUAAAUACACAAAAUUGGAAGAUCAAAACAGAGGUAAUUGAGAAUGGGAAUGGGUAGAUUCUUAUUAUUGUUAUGGUCGUCCACUGUGGCAGUGGACGUUAGUUGCUGCUUGCUGCUGGCGAUGAGUGGAGCUGCUGCUGCUGCUUCCAUACCAAAAUGCAUCGAUGGGGAGAGAGAAGUGCUCCUCAAGUUCAAGAACACCGUUCUUGACAAGUUGGACAGGCUAAGCUCUUGGGGCAACCACACUGAAGAUUGCUGCCGUGAUUGGGAGGGGGUUGGAUGUGAUCAAGCUACUGGCAAUGUCAUCCACAUCCAUCUUUCUGAUAUGUCUCUGUCCGCGAAAGGUGGUGGUGGGAAGUAUAGCACCAGCCUUUCAUUCUUUGAGCUCCGCUAUUUGAAGCAUUUGGAACUUAGCUAUAACCCCGACUUGCUGACAAACCAAAGCAUCUCAUCAUUGAUUGGGAACAACACCGUGGUUUACCUUCAAUACCUAAAUCUUACUCAAACUGGAAUUGUUGGAACCAUUCCUGGAAAUCUUGGAAACACCAUGCCUGCCCUGAAAUACCUUGAUCUCGCUUUUAAUAGCUUAGAAGGCAACAUUCCUGACACACUCGGAAAUAUGGUUAACUUGACUUCCCUUGACCUGGCAUCGAACCAGUUGGAAGGUCGCAUUCCUGAAGCUCUAGGGAAUAUCUCUGUCCUUGAACACCUUGGUCUUGGAGCGAAUAGACUUGAGGGAGAAAUCCCCCCAUUUGGAACAUAUGCACUCUGCAAUACCUGAGCAUGGAAUCCAACCGUCUUAAUGGAAGCCUAACCAUAUCGACAUUAUGCCCAAAUCACCCUCUUAGUACACUACACUUAUACAGCAACCAAUUCACGAGGUUAUUUCCCAAUCUUACAGUUUUCCCCUCUUUGGACAGUUUAGAUUUAUCAUAUAACCUCCUAGAUGGGGUCAUUUCUGAACAUCACUUUCUUAACCUCUCCAAACUAACCUACCUGGACUUAUCUUCAAACAAUUUCACUUUCAAUGUCACCUCUGCUUGGCUUCCUCCUUUCCAACUGCAAUACAUACGCCUUAGUUCUUGCAAGUUGGGCCCUGACUUUCCGAAUUGGCUUAGAACUCAAGCCAACUAUACGCAGCUUGACAUUUCCAGUAACGCCAUCUCGGAUUCAAUCCCCUCCUGGUUUUGGAAUACACCUAUUACUGGCUUUUUGCAAAUUAAUUUUUCUUAUAACGAAAUCAAGGGAAUAAUUGGAAAUGGUGCUCAAGCAUCAAUCCGCGGUGGUGUACUAGAUAUGAGUUCCAAUAAAUUAGAAGGCACAUGCUAGUGUGGAGCUUUUGGAUAUCUCAUUCAAUCAACUCUCAGGAACACUUCCGGAUUGCUGGCCAAGUCUCUCUAGUCUGCGAGUUCUCAACUUGGGAUACAAUCAGAAUCUAUCAGGAACUCUUCCAACUUUCAUCGGUUCAUUGACUUCCUUAAAGGCAUUGCAUCUUGAACAUAACAAAUUUACAGGCCCUCUACCUUCAUCCAUGAAAAACUGCUCCAGCUUGGUAUGUUUAGAUCUGGGACACAACGAUUUGUUUGGACCGACUUUGGACCAAUACCAGAUUGGGUGGGUGAAAGUCUAACACAACUUGUGAUACUUGUGCUAACAUCGAACAACUUCCAUGCAAGUGUACCCACAAGUUUGUGCCGUCUCCAGUCUCUUCAGCUGUUAGACCUUUCCAUGAACCACAUCUCGGGGACUCUUCCCAACUGUCUUUCUAAUCUCACUCAAAUGAUGACUGUAUUAAAAGGAGAUGACAUUGCCUACAUUUCUUAUGAGUUAUCCUUCAAUUUCUCUGUUUCAAAUUAUAAUAUUUACGGUGCAUCCAUGGGCGAAGUUGAGAAAAUAGAAUUUGUAUGGAAAGGUAUGAUCAAUGAAUUUGGAAGUAUAUUAGGUUAUGUGUAGAGCAUUGAUCUAUCAUCCAACAUGUUGAGUGGUGACAUUCCAACUGAAAUCACAUCGCUCAUUGGGUUGGCCUCGUUGAACUUAUCACGAAACAAUCUAAAGGGGCAGAUUCCUUCGAGGAUUGGUAACUUGGCACAUUUAAAUACUCUUGAUUUGUCUAGUAACCAUUUGUCUGGUAGCAUUCCUCAAAGCCUUGCCCUGAUUUACGGGAUAGGGGAUCUCAAUGUGUCCAACAAUAACUUAUCUGGAAGAAUUCCCAAAGGCACACAACUUCAGAGCUUUAAUGCAAGUGUAUACAUGGGGAAUCCCGCGCUAUGUGGAGAUCCACUCCCCAAUAGCUGUGCAGGAGAAGAGUCAACUUAUCUUUCUCCUCCUGGAUCCAGUGAAGAAGAAGAAGAUGAGCUUUUUGGCAGUGAGUUUUACGCAAGCCUGGGGGUCGGAUAUGUUGUUGGGUUUUGGGGAGUUCUCGGGACAAUGCUAUUUAAUAGGUCCUGCAGGUUUGCAUUUUUCAAUAUCCUCGGCGAUAUUGCAAAUUGGACAUAUGUCAUGGCUGCAACGCACAAGGAAAAGUUCCUGAGAUCACUUGCUGGUUUACAGGUUCUUUUUUAACGCAAUGUGACUGGUUCGGCUUUAAUAUUGAAGUAACACUUCUACCGAAGAGAGUUUUAUCAUUUGUGGAGUGACUUCCAUUGAAACCAAUUUUGAUUAAAACAUUUUUGCUUCACUCUGUUUAUUUAUUUAUCGUGCUAUAUCUUGAGAGUUGAGACAGAUGUUAAGGUUUUUGGAAUGACUAAGAAGCCUUCGCCUCUUAAUCCUGAAACCCCAAACAAUGCAGAGCUUAUUAGUACGCAGUAGUUCUUACUUCUUAGUGAUUGAAGUGUAGUUCUUUGGUUUUCAUUUUCUUAUUUAUUUCCAAAAAUGUUUUUGAUUCAUAUUAUAGGAGGUGGUUUUGCUGUUAGUAUUUAAUAGUAGUAGACGUUUAAGGGAUUGAAAUUUUGGGCACAUGAUACUAUGAUAGAAUCCUGGACAAAUAUUUUAGAUUAAGAAAGUUUAUUCUUAAAUGGACCAUCCUUUAUUUGUCAUUCUUUUCCUGGUGUUCUCUAGCUUGGGUUCCUAUAUCUGAUAGUGUUUUCCAUUUUGUUCAUUUUUUUUUCAGAUUUAGAGCAUUAAAUAUUUGCAUGGUGAUGAUUAGGAGUUUGGUACUUCAGGGUAAAAAUAAAUCACUCAGAGGAUGAGACUUGAGAGGAAUACUAAGAUACAGCAGAUUUGAUUGAUGAGGAGGAUAUCAUAUUUAUAGGCAAUAAAGUUUUUUUUUUGUUUCCAUUUCAUUAACUAGGUGUAUUAUUUUUAAUCAUCAUCUCUAUGAUUAAAAAUAAUAGAAUCAGUAUAUACUCCUUGAAUAUUCUAAUUACUUUGUACUAUUUUGUAAAGCUUUUAAGUUUUAAUGAUUCUGCUAGGGUCUACUACUACAACGUGCUGCAAUUUUCACCCCGGUUGACAAAAUCACUUGGAGUAAAAACUUCUAACAUCAAUAAGCUUCCCAUUAUCAAUACUCAGCACUCAGCAGAAGACGGGUAGCUCUUGCAUGUGUUCUAAAUGUUGAUAGUUUUCUGAUGUUACAAUUUUAUGCGCGUUAGGAUGACCAUAAUCAUCAAAACAUAGGGCGCGAGGGCAGAGCUUUAAAUAAAAAGUUACCCAUGUAUUGCUUAAAUUAAAUUUUCCCACCACAUGUAACUACGAUGAUUAAGUUUGGGAAAAGGGACGGAUCCCCGAAGUUACCACUAAAGGGCAUCUAAGCCCUUAAACUUAAUUUUGGAGCAAAAAAACUCCCUUUUUCAUUAAAAGAUGGCAUCACCCCCUCUGACCCUCUCCAGGGCCGGUCCUGAUAUAGGGGCAGGAUGGGCGGCUGCCCAGGGCCCACCAGAAAGAGGGGCCCACAAAUCAUUUAGUAGUAGUAUGUAUAUUGAGUUAUGUUCACCUAAGACGCGCUUGAUCGGGAAUUAUGUACGGCCAAACCCAUUUGAGGUGCUUUGAAAUGAAACUGUUUCAUGAAAGUUUGUUAGCAUGUUUUUCAUUAAGUGUAGAUUAUGUCCACAUAAUUUGAGCUUAAA